ACUUUGGUGUUAGGAAUUGCACCACAACCAAAUCGAUUGAGUGAGUCAUCGGAUAAUUCUCUUCAAAAGAUCUAUUUUCUCUAAAUGUCCUUUUACAAAAUUUAAGAACCCAAAUCAGUAAUUUCAAAUUUAUAUCCCUUUUCAGCUGAUUGUUGAAUCAAGAACCUUCCUUUUUCAGCUGGGGUUUAAGAUCCCAAAUUAGUAAUUUCCAAUUUAUAGAAACUUUCAUUCAGAAAAACACGAUUGUUGAAUCAAGAACAAUUUUCAGCUGGGGUUGAAAUGGAGGUGGUACAACAUAGGUGGAGGUUAAGGUGGUCAUUCAAGAAUGCUACAAUUGUUGUCACUUUGUUCAAUUUGAUUGCUUCCAUUUUUCUACUUCACAGCUUUUUCUCUUCUUCAUCUUCCAGCAAACCAUCUUCAGUUGAAAUGUAUAUAAAGGAAGCAGAAGAGAUUCGCCGUGCUAUGCUGCCUGUGGAGCUAAUUAAAAGAGUGAAGGAAAUACAGAAAGAAGCAUAUGUCGAACCAGAUCCUGUUCAACAGAAGGAUGCAAAACAGACUGCUGCAGUAGACCUCAUAUCUAGACUGAACAAUUAUCGGUCAUAUUCUGAUUCAGGCAGUGUGAAAGUUCUGGAAGAAUGGCGUAAGCGGAAGAUGGAAAGAGCCAGACAACGUGAACUUGAAAAGAAUGGAACCACCAUCUAACAGUCAUAUAUCUUUGAGGGGGUUAAGAACAUGGGGUCAUUUGAUCGUUACAGCUCGUAUUAUCAGGUUUUCAACUGUAUCUAUGCUAUCAUUGAUUUGUAUAUUGUCCUGUAUCCAGAUCUGCAGCACUCAACAAUUUUACGCAACAUGUAAAGUUUCUCCCUAUAUUAUGAUCUCCUAGACUUUGAAUUUGGA